AUGUCCGUCCCAGCGCCAAAAACCUUCAACCCCGACGAGGCCGAGAACCUCGAGGACAUCGAAAAGCAAUUCGCCGUCAAAGCCGUUCAACACAUGGUGACAUACUGGUCUAUCCUGGAAAAAGUGCGCGGCAGUACUUUGCGCCUGACACGGCUAGACGACGAGAUCUACGAGCACCUGAAGCGGGAUUUCCCGGAGUUUGAUCCCGCAGAGACGAUCGACGAGGACAAGAUGAAGAGCAAGGAGGGGAAGGAAAGGUGGAGGAACUUCAUGAUGGCAUACGAGAAGAAGGUAGACGAUUACAACUUUGGGACAUUGCUCAGGGCGAAUCCCAAGUGGGAGUAUGGGAAGGAUGAGACGAUCUUCGUGCCGAGGAUGCAGUUUUAUGCUAUUGAGAUCGCAAGGAACAAACUCGGCCUCAAUGACUGGAUUUACGAGAAGGCUGAGGCAGAGAGGCAAGCCGCCAAGGGCCAGUCCAGCUCCUAG